UUCACCUUGUCUAUUGUGUGCCUAAACUCGACGCCCUAUUGACCUGCAGUAUGACCUUAGUUCUUGCUCGUGUAGACUGCAGCUGGACCGCUGUGUAGUUCACAUGACCACCGACAUCGUUAGACUGUGCAACGUUUAUCUUUAUAAUUCAAGACUCGGAGAAUUUGUAACUUACAUAGGUUUUUAGGUGGACAGAGACACAGGGUACGUGAGACACAGGAAAUAAAAAAUUCAUUAACGGAGGUCACUUUUUGAGCAGUGUUCCACCAGUGUUCCAUAAAUUGGCCCUUCAGGCACGAGUGUUACUCUACCCUAGGUACACCACUUCAGUGGUGCUUGAAGGCGCUGGGGCCUUGCGUUGCGUUUUGAUGAACUACGGAGAUGCCUCGGGGAUCAGACGUUACAGUUGUGGUCGCCAUCCUGUAUGUGACCGUCUUGGCGUCAGCUUUGGACAAGGGUGAGAUUCUGGACAUGUCCUAUGCAUUCAGCGAAUCUACUCUGUACUGGCCCGGUCUUGGAAGUUUUGAAAUGGAAAUUCUGUCUCGGGGACCAUCUGGUGAUAUACCAUGGUUCGAGGCCAACACAUAUGCAGGCCCGGAACAUGGCGGGACUCACCUUGACGCCCCUGCUCACCUGUCUGAGGGACAGCUGCGAGUGGAUGAAAUACCUCUCAGCAAGCUUAAGGGUCCAGCCGUUCGGGUGGACAUAUCUGAUAAAGCCAACGCAAACGCGGACUACGAGGUGUCGGCUCAGGAUCUACAGGACUGGGAAGGUGUCCACGGCAGGAUUCCAGACGGCUCUCUGCUCUUCGUCUACACCGGUUGGGGAGCUUUCUAUCCAGAUCGGCUUGCCUACUUUGGGUCACCGCGCAAUGAUACUUACCUGAAUAACCAAGGGGAAUCACUACUUCAUUUUCCAGGCGUCGCGUCAGAGGCAGCUACGUGGUUGGUAGCAAAUCGGAAGAUAUCAGGUCUUGGGAUCGACACGCCAUCCAUCGACUAUGGUCAGAGCCUUGUUUUCACGAGCCACCAGAUUUUAUUUGGGGCAAACAUCUACGGCAUGGAGAACGUAGCUAACCUAGAUCAACUUCCAAACACGGGAGCCAAGGUGUACGCCCUCCCAAUGAAAAUUGAAGAAGGGAGCGGAGCACCCGUUCGCAUCAUCGCCAUGUUGGAUGAAGAGGGUACCUCUGCUGCAUCCACUGUUUCUGUUGCAAAUGGGGCGUUGCAUAUAGUGCUUGUGUUUGCUUCAUGUUCUGCUUGGUUGUAAGAAAGGGGAAUUCCAAGAUUGUGAAUUUAAAUUAGAUAUUUUGUGAAGAUAUAAAGGUAAUUUGGGUGAUCUGUUUAUGAUUAUGCUAGAGUUUUGUUAGCAGAGGAGAAUUUCUAGAAACUAAGACGGAUGCUUCCCACAAGACCAUUAACUUCUUCUUACUGACUCCUUUUGUUAGGGCAAAAAGGGUGGUGACGAUAGAGCAGGUAUAAGCUGUUCUCGGACAGUUCCUUGUUUCAAAACAGACGAUGUGCUUUCCAGAUCAACGCAUGUUAAUGUCAAGUUUCCAAAAUAAAAUGACCAGACUUCAUUUUCGAUUAAUGCUCGGUUUUGGCUCUCUGUAUAUAACCCAACAAAUUUCGGCUGAGGUCAUUAUCAGCUUAGGAAGCCCAGCCGGUUUUAACUCAUUGGUUUUUGUUUUAAAGGCUGGCAGGUACUUAUUCCCUAUGCACUGUCCCUUCGCCAGGAUCAUGUUUUCUCCCACUGUACGCGCUAUUCAAGUUCACCAUUUUUCUUCAACCGCUCUUAGCCAUUGCACGUCAAUCGCUUCAUAAUCGCCACCAUAACUCGUUGGUAGUAGAAGAAUCGAGUGGUCAUAUUCUGAUGCUGUAGCAGCUAAAGUUGAACAUUUAUGUAUGGUAUUCAAUGAUUGCAAAAAAGAGAUUAAUCCUAACAGUCCGCAGUCCUCCAACAGGUGAAGGAUUGAGGAGUGUUAGGGUUAAUGUAAUAAAGUUUUAUAUUCGAUUGGUAAGUCA